AUGGAUGGUAACAUUUUGACGUGUUGGCUGGGUGUGGGUGGGGGUGUUCGACUUUACGACGACGUGCGUUUGGAGCUAGAAUCUGGUCCCAUUGGAGAUCGCCCCUCCAAUUCGCUACUGUGGUUUCUGCACCACCUCGUGUUGGUCAUCAACCUGCAGGCUUUUUUGUGCGGCUUUUCGGGUGCAGGGCGUUAG